CUCGGUUUGAUGCAGCACAAGCCUGUGCCAGCCGCGCACAGUUGUGAUGCAAGGCAGGCGACCCGGAGCCUCUCGUCGCUUGCCCGUGCCGCGGCAUGGCAGGAGUCGCUGAAGUUCCUAAGCUCCUGGGUGCAGCGCAGGCUUCAGCUGAAUGUGAUUCACUGCAGCUCCGCCCUCACCGCCUGUGAGCGCGCGGGAGAGUGGCCCGCGGCGCUGCAGCUUCUGGAAGAAGCCCUGGGUGGAAGGCUCGGGGUGGACGCGCCGUGCUUCAAUGCAGCGAUCAGCGCCGCGGCGCGUGGCACGCAGCUGUCUCAUGCGCUGCAACUCCUGGAGCAAAUGGACCUCCUCCAGGUGGCAAAGACCGUGGUCACGUAUGGGGCGAUCAUCAGCGCCUGCGAGAGAAGUGGUCGUUGGCAGUUGGCCCUUGAGUUCCUCGUGAGCAUGGAGUCGGAGCGCCUUUCCAGGAACACGGUGACCUGCAGCUCUGCGAUCUCAGCAUGCGAAAAGGCAGGGAACUGGGCGGCCAUGCUUCUGCUUCUGGAGGAGAUGCUGUGCCGGGGCAUUGAAUGUAACGCUGUCACCUGCAGCGCCUGCAUCAGCGCUUGCGAGAAGGGCCGA